AUGGCCGAUCGUUUAAUACCGGUACCGCUCAGUUCUGCGCCAACCGACCAGGCUAUUCGUGUGGUUAAAGCAUUCCAAGCAGGUCUGGAUCGUCGAGAACCAUCGCUCAGUGGUCCAAGCGCUGCGCGUUUGCGUGAAAUUAGCCGACAAUUGAAAUUACAAGUGGAACAGGAAGGAAAAGGCAUUGCUUCACGUUCUGGUUCACGACAAUCGAAACAGUUGGAAGCGAUGUCAUCCGUGUAG